CGCGCGCGGGUUGAGUAUAAAUUAGCAGACGACAUUCGUCAGUGUUCGUGGCACCGUUCCGGCACAUGACACAGGCUUUGGACUAGGCCUACUAGCUAACAAACAAGUAGGCCUAAAAUAUUGUUUUGUCAUUGUACAAUGUACUACGGUGACCACGCGUUAAGACACUUUUUUUGUCUUCCGAUAAAACUCUGAACCAAGCGCAAGCCCUGUCGCAGCGGUACAAUUUACAAAUGCAGGUGACACCUGUCCUUUCCCGCAUGUGUGCAACUGGACAUGCUGGAAGUGAUUAACUAUUUAUCUUUCAGUUUCACAAUCAUGACAAUGGCUUUGAAAGUUCCAGAAGUGUCAGCAUUUCUGCGGUCCAGACACGUACGAGUUGUUGACGAGUGGACAGUGGAAUGCUUGGAUUGGCUCCAACAGGAAUAUCAAGGGCAAAAUGUGAGGCCAGAUGAGAUGAAGCAGCACGUUUAUGACCAGUGGCUGGAUUCCGAUCUUGGUGAAGUGGCCUCGCCAGCACUACCCCCUGGAAUUGCACAGCAAAAGAAAACACAGUUGACGGGUAGUUACGCACUACAGAUCAAUUCGAUACAGGAUAUUAGCCAACCUGCAUACGGCCAACUUCUCAAACUUCAGGGUAGAGAGAAUGAAAAUGCUUUGGUAUCAGCCACUCAGGCAACUCAACCAACCCAGAGUAAGUUUGAGCAGAAGUCAAGCCGCAUGCUGAUGCUUCAGCUGACGGAUGGUCACCAGUCACUUGAGGGCAUGGAGUUCCAGCCGAUAUCUCAGCUCAGUGUCGAUACAUUACCGGGGACAAAGAUUUUAGUUCACGGGUCAGUGCAGUGCCGCAUGGGUGUUCUCAUGCUCACGGCUAACAACAUCAGAGUCCUUGGUGGGGAUGCCGAGUCCCUCGCCGAAGCCAACUCCCAGAUUCAGAUCUUGUCCAGAGCUCUCGGUCUUGAUGAGAGUCAACAAACCCAACAGGCACCAGUUCCGACCGCAUCCAGCCAGAGACCACCGGUCCCUCGGGUUACUGUCGACCUCACUGGCGAUUCUGAGGGCAGAAAUGCCAGCACCUCUUCUGGUCAAAUGCAAAACGCUAACCAAUUUGUAGGAUCACAUGGGAACGCAGCAUCGUCUGGAGAGGAAGAUGGCUUCUUCAGUGACGACCUUGGGGAUGACCUGGAUGCUCUGAUGCUGAAUGAAAUUGAGAAGAUUGAGGAGAUGGACCAGAUGCAACAGUUAGCGAGCAGUGCCGGAGAGGAAACGGACUGGCCAGCCGACGAUGAUGAAAUCGACGAGAUGUGGUUGGAGCAAGUCGAGCAGACUCAUGGCAUCCAAGCGAGUGACCGGCCAGGAGGACAGCCAGCAAGAACUGACAACCAGGCCCAGCAUGCAUCUCUCAUCAACCACCCGGCAUCAAACGCAGGUGCUCCAAAACAAGCUGCUCAACAACACUCCUCUCUGUCGUCAAGUUGCCGUAUCCGACAGGAUCUGAAAGACGUGAACACCAAGACGGAGCCACAAAGCAUGAAGAAGGUGAACAAUAGCCAGCCAAUGUCAAACAGAACAAGCCAUGAUGGCGUCCAAAGGUUUGAUAUGUGGACACGAAGCAGUGCGUCUGAUAAGAAAGAAUGCAGAAAUGCUUUCCAGACAAAUGCCCAAGACUCUAUAAAAGACGCAUGGAGUAACAUCAAAACAGAACCUGGAUCUAGUAAAAAUGCAGUGCAAGACACAAACAUUGACAUUAUUUCGAGAACCAGCAGCCAUCAUGCUGGCAAAGCCAUUGCUUCAGGUUAUUCGGAUAGAGAAGCCAGCUUACAUGUAGAUUCCAAGAACACCCUUCAACACCUUGCUCCGAGUGUUUCAGGAUUUCCUCAGAGAGCAAAUACGACUGUGCUGGACACCAAACCACUUGUAGACGUCCAACAGAAGGCCCGGUUGUCUGGACGUUCUACUUUGCAGAGUGACUCGACAGUGCCUAGCACCAUCUUCCAGAAAUUGCCGACAGGGUGCACCAAGCCUGCCCAGGCAGCUGGCAUAGCUGCACGCAUCACUAAAGAUCCCCUUCCAGCAAACUUAAACAACAAUGCCAAGAACUUGUUGGGUCUUGCCACAUCCUCAUUUGCUGAAGCCCAUAGAGCUGUAGGAGGCCCAGUGGAUUCUGAGACAAACUCAGAGGAUGGCUUCAGUGCUGCAAAACGGAGACGUUUUCAUUCCAAUGAAGGAGGUCAAGCUGUAAACGGCGUGGACAGUUUCCCUGUGGUCAAGCUCUCGUCUGUCAUGAAUAGAAUCCAAGCUGAGGAAGUGUUUGAAUUCGCCAUCAAGGGCUUCAUCGUAACGUUGAUUUCUCCCUUGAGCAAAAAUGAUGGCAGCUGGAGCAUCUCGGCAAAGAUCAGCGACAAGACGGCGUCGCUCGACGUCAGCCUUUCCAAUGAGGUGCUGACUGGCUUAAUAGGAUUCUCCGUUCCCGAAAUGAUGCAAAUAAAGAAAACCAUUAAGACUUCCGAUCCAACAACUGCCAAGGAAUUGGAAACAAAGCUACGGCAGGGCCUAGCACAGUGCCAGAAGUCCCUGAUCGACAUCCACUGUGCCAUGACCGUCCGAGUCGAUGGGAAUCAAGACCGCCCUCAGGUUAUUGCUGUGGGCAGGACCGAUCCGGCCGAUCUGGCCACCAACUUCAGGAAGGUGCCCAGCAAGACAUGAUGAUGUAGGGGUACCAACUUGUUGUGGGGUACCAACACGCAGCAUCUUCAGAACACACCUCCAUAUCCACAGAAGUGAGUUGCAUGCACAUGAGCAAUAUAGGCGUAGUUCCACAUUUCCGUUCAAAUCGUGUUUAUUGUUAAUAGUAUGUGGUAUAUGUUAAACUUAAGAUGUCUUUCCAUGCUUGCAUCUUUCAGUUCGCUUAGUGGAUGUUGCAAAUUAAGCCUAUCCCCAACGCUGAGCAUAAAUACCUGCUCACUGGCCCAAAAAAAUGGAAAAAGGCUUGUUGGGCAAAUGCUUCAAGUGGGCGCCAAGUGCCAGAGUGAAGACCAUUAUUUGCUAUGCAUGCUUGGUACUUACUAUAUCGUUGAACCUCUUUGUAACAAGGUCCUUGGGACGUUAUGAAUUGACUUGCUAUAACAGGAACCUUGCAUUGUCAGGGAUGAACAGCAAAGAAUAGAGGCUUUAAGUGGUAGCCAUCUUGCAGGGCAGUUCUUUAAUGUUUCAUAGGGAAACCUCUCUGCAUGCCUAGUGAAACAAAUGAACUGUCCUUUAAAGAUGGCUGCCAUGCAAAGCCUCUAUACAAAGACUUGGGUCCCAAAAUUUUUCCUUGCGACGAGUAGAAGUUUGUAUUCCUUUUUGGGGGGUUUGAAACACCUUGAAUUGUGCAUCCAUUGUUGUCCACCUGUUUUCAUUCUUCAACACAAAUCUCCAUGGGAUUUGUGAACCACUUUCCAGUCGUGGACCCUCAACCAGCGGUGUACCCGAUUUACCCCACUGUAACAACAUGCAUGAUUGAGUAUGUAGAAACGUGUGCACACACACUGCACCAUCCCAGCACGAUGUUGUUAAUUUGUAAAAAAAGGCGCCAUUUCUCCUUCCCCUCCCAGUGCCCACGUGCGUAGGGCACUCUCCUGAACAAACUUGAUGUGACAUGCAUCGGCCACUGUCGUAGGCGAAGACCGCAGUGUCACGCACAGUAUGGAACAUGUAGGCAAGCCUUUGCGUGCUUUAAUAAAUGGCAAAAUUGAAGAAUAAAAGCAGUGAGCGAUCAACCAGUGUUGGAUCUGCACAAUAACUUCAACCAGACACCACACAGGCGGUGACCUUCAUCCAUUUUUUCAAGGAUUUACAGCUGUUAGCUUUCGUCGUGUAUUUUAUGACAUGUGAUGCAUGAUUGCCAACCAAACAUGUGCCUACUACAGAGGUGGCCAGUCUCAGGGAAAACGUGGUAGCUUGGCACUCCCACAUCAUUCUGUCAAACUGUAUUGCGGGUCUCAAAAUUCAGUGGACACAAAAUAGAUUAUAAUUUGCACAAAUAGAAAGAUACUUUUGUGUACGCAGAAAGAAGACAGAAAGAUGAUGUUGUUAAUUUUCUUUGUUUCCCCACAUCUUGGGAGAGUUUUGUUUUUUGUUUUCCAUUUUUAUUGUAACUUUGUUCUUUCUUAAAACACUCACCACUUUCAGACAGAAAAGAAUAGUCUUUUUCUGCCAUUGAAACCAAGUCACCAACUUUAUUUCCAUACAACAUGUCGUUAAGAAUACAAGACAGAUCAUUCGGAAUAUAACACACACCAUCUAUGCAAUUGUUAUACAAUAAAACAUUAUAAAAUGGCUUUACUUCUUUUGUGUUGAUUUAUUGAUUUAGGGGGUUAUGUUUCAUUUCAUAUUUUCAUCCGCUGUGAAAAAGACACGUAGAGCUGUAAAGAGCACUAACAUUUUAUGUUCUCGACGAUGUGUGCUAUACCGUGAGGUGGAAGCCACAUUGGCGUGACUUGUUUCACCUUGCAUGGCAAUGAGUGCUUACAUUAUCUGGUCAGUACUUGUACCACAAACCAGAAGGGAAAAAACUGAGAUUAAUGUUGACCUUGUUCGGAAUCUUAACUGUUAAAAUAAAAUAGCAGCUGACGCACAUCAUAAUUCAACAGCAUGACAUGCAUUGAGACCAGUGGUGGAAUAAACAAGACGAUCCAUAGUCCAUGUAUUUCACAGGUCAAUUCUUAUUUACACCACGCACAAAUCACCAGCAAAACAUAAAAGACGUUUUAUAAGUACAUGUACUAUGCUCGAUUAAUUUGUACACCAAAUCUUCUGCACAUCAAGUCCAGUAAUCGUAGAUUUCCAAACAAUCAUCUAAGAAUGUUUACACUCACUGCACUGCAAUCUUUCAAGCACAUCAUCAAAGCUCACAAAUUGUUUACGGCUAGAUUUCAGUUAGUCAAAACAUGCAAUAAAAAAAGCCAAUUACAGUACCUGGAACAAACAAUUUCUUCAUCAUAGGAGGGUUUUUGUUGUCUCGGAAAGGUGUCAUUUCUUAGCCCAGAAAAAAAGGAGUACCGUAAAUUAUCCAAGUGGGCAGGUAGGAAACAAGCAUAAAGUUGGGAGUUUUUUAAUCAUCUGCGUUGGCCUUGAAAACUUACUUUAUGAAUGUUAUGAUGCGGUUAAAGUCUAUUUAAUGUUAUUCAGUAUUUGGUGUUAAUUCAAUUAACAUGAACGACUGUUGCACAGAAUUUUUUUUGUUCACAAUGCCAUUGUUGUGACAGCCAAAUUUGUUAACCUUGACAGUGCCGAAUCCUCUAAUUUGAUAUGGUUUUGCAAACAACCCAGGGAGUUAAGGUUGAAAACCUGAGCUUGAACAUUCGAUUCAGAAUUACAUUUAGACACAUCUAGUUUGAGUAAACACAUUUUGUCUUGUUUUUGCAUACUUGCAUUAACACUUACAUUACGUGCUAUUAACACCAUAAACAGCCACCAGUUCUAGAUCAUAUAACCAUUGCUUUUUUGGGCGUUACACAUUCAUUUGAUAUACUUAUGGCCCAUUCUAAAACAACUGUGACAAAACAUAGAUUCAUCCUAUAUUUAAUUAAACACAAAAAGUCUGUAUAGCCUUUUAAUAUGUA